CGUAAGGAUACGCUGUAAUACUGCGGUGCACCUGCUACGGCGAUCGUUGCGUAUGUUUUGAAUUCACAUUAGAUAGUAUUGAGUAUUGUGGAUCAGUUAAGCUCGUAAAUCUCUAAACAGCGUUUAGGGACAGCUAGGCUGUCAAUCUGUCAGUCCUAUGUCGACGGAGGACUUGUCCACUUCCGACAGCGAGGCUGCCUUCGCGGGAGCCGGGGAGCGCUGGGCGCCUGUUGGAGCCGUGGCCAACCCGGAGGAUGAGCUUUGGAAGGGAGCCUCGCAGUCUGCCUCUGCGUCCUCCGGCGACACAGAGAUGGUAGCGAGACUGAGGAAGCUGGAAGACGAGCAGGAGCAGCUGAAUUCAUCGCUCCUCGCCUUAACCUCUCACUUCGCUCAAGUGCAGUUUCGACUGAAACAGAUCGUCCAUGCUCAAAGCGAGGAGAAGGAGAGGAUGCUGCUGGAGCUGGAGGAGUUUGCUUUCAAAGGAUGCCCUCACGUCGUCGGCUGCAGAACACAGGAUGCUCAGAUGCUUGAGAACUCUAGUGAAAGAGAGAAGAGGGAACGUUUGGAAGCCCAGAGACAAAAGCAGAAGGAGUUGAUUUUCCAGCUGAAGACACAACUCGACGACCUGGAACGCUUCGCCUACCAGGAGGGCAGCUAUGACUCAUUGCCUCAGUCUGUUGUCAUGGAGAGGCAGAGGGUGAUCAUUGAUGAGCUUAUUAAAAAGCUGGAUGUGAACUUCAAUGAAGACAUUGGGAAUCUCACACCAGAGGAGCUUCGACAGAGAGUGGAUGCAGCCAUUGCUCAGAUAGUCAACCCAGCCAGAGUCAAAGAGCAACUGGUUGAGCAGCUCAAGACCCAGAUCAGAGACCUUGAGAUGUUUAUUAACUUCAUACAGGAUGAGGUGGGGAAUCCUCUUUUAAAUGAUGGUGUGAAGACCCAACAGGCCCGAGCAGCUGGAACAAACACAAGAACAACUGGAGGAAUGAAGCAAGUGGACCCUGAACAAGCACAGAGGAUCCGUGAAACUGGCCUUCAGCUGAUCCAAAAAGCCUUAGCUGUGCUGCAGAUCUUUGCUUUGAGCCAGUUUGGAUGUGCCGCAGGCCACGUGCCCAACAGUAUGUGGUCUCAGGGGUGUGAGGCAGAAGAUUAUGGCCCCCUGCUGCAGAAACUGGAAGGAGCCGUAGAGCGCGUCCGUCUCCAAGCCUCUCGCCAUCAGCCCGCCUCUCAGGUGGAACAUGUGGUCAGUUACUCCACCUGCCUGUCACCGGGAGGACCUCGGGACGAACUAACCGCUUCUGUGCGUAAAGAACUGGCCAUGGCCCUGCGCGACUUGCUGGCCCACGGCUUGUACAGUCCAUCCCAGGGCAUGAGCUUGGUGCUGGCCCCCAUUUCAUGCCUGCUGCCCCUCAGCUCUUCUCCACAGAGCCUGCAUCCGUGGGAACUUUUCGUCAAAUACUAUCAUUCCAAAAAUGGCCGGGCUUUUGUGGAAUCCCCCGCUCGCCAGCUCUCGCAAUCCUUCAGUUUGCCUGUAGGGGACGGACCUGUGACAGUAACGCCAAAGCAGUCUCUAUUAUGGGCCAUACAUACGGUGCUUAAAGAGCAUGGACGAUACAAACGGAGUGCAGAUUCUGAGUUCAAAGCUUUAGUGUGCAUGGCACUCAAUGAGCAGAGGCUUGUGUCUUGGCUCAAUCUGCUGUGUAAGUCUGGAACACUAGUACACCCUCACUACCAAUCUUGGAGCUACAUGGCGCAAACAGGCUUUGAGGGCGCUCUGCGCAUUCUGGGUCGCCUUAGCCACCUCAAGUUCCAGCUUCCUGUAGACUUGGCCGUCAGGCAACUGAAAAAUAUAAAAGAUGCUUUCUAAGCAUAAAAAACAGUGUGCUGGAAGUGUGUGUAUAAAUAAUAAAAAUAUAUAUAUAUACAGAAUAGUGAAGUGGAGAAAAGAAAAUGAAUGUGGUUUCAAUCCUCAGAAGCUUGAAUAACAUUUUCUAUAACACUAAUUCCCUGUCUUCAUAAUGCAAAUCAUAUCAAAAAAUAAAAUCUCAAAUAAAUGAGUAAUUGGAACCAGAACAGUUCCAAAGUAAUUUGGAAAUGAAUUAACUCAUGCACUUUUUUUUGCAACUAUGCUGAUAUUGGUCCAGAUGCCUUCAGUCACUUCUAUGCUAUAAGAAGAUGAGCAGGUUUUAAUAUGCUGCAUUAAUCAUACCUCAAAGGAAAUUUGCUUGGUUUAGUAACCAUGAGCAUGUGACUGCCUCCACAACAUCUAUCCUUCAAAUAGAUUUGUAAUGUCCAGCGUUUACCAAAAUCAAUCACACUAUAUUAUGAGGAUGUAUUGUUUAUUAUGUUAACCCUUUAAAAGGGUCAUUGUGGAUGUUUGAGAUCUAUGUAAAGUAAAUAUACACUGAAGGGAAAUAGUUACUUUUUGUUUUUAAACCUAUAUGUAGCUGCCUGCAAUGAGGUAAAUACAAUAUAGGAAAUGAAGAAUGUACUAAAUUGCACAACUACACAGCUGCAAUCAUAUUAAUGGAGAUCAACAUGGACAACACUGUCAAUAGUCAAACACUGGAAUAGUGCAUAUCAGGUCAUGUAUGCCCUGUGCUCUUAUCACUGUCUGAGGUGACCAUGCAUGCUGAAGAGAUCUCACCUAGGUCAAAUAAUACACUCAGGUCAUUCAGUACAAAGAAAGAGUGCAAAACAACACUUAAAUGCUUUGUAUAUCAGUGUAUUCUCCCGUUCCACAGUCUGUCCCAUUCCAGCCUGCUGGCGCUGUACAAUUGAUUGUAGAAAACUGACACGAUUAUCGGAAUUCUGUGGAUGUUCACAGCAGAUUUAAACAAUGUUAAGGAAGUAAUCAAACAAACAAAUCUACUGACUGUGAAUUGCUAUGCUGUGCAUUGAUGCUGACUGAAUUAUAUGGUAUAUAUUUACUCUGCCACUGUUGAGAAGCAUGUCUUGUCAAUCCUUGUUUACUUCUCUGUAACACUGAAUGUACAAUCUCUGAAAUUGUAUCCUGCUGCUGUACCUUUUCUGAUUCCACAUUCCUUAAUAGAUUAUUUGAAUAAUGGACCAGGAGACUUUUUCUACCUUAUUUAGUAAAUAGAUUAAGCACUAUUUAGAUUGGAUGCAUGUGAUUUAUUAAUAGUCUCCAUAUGCCCGUCUGAUUUAACUUGUCUUUAUUUUGAAAAUAAUAUAUCUGUCUAGCAUACUUAAAUAUUGUUUUGGUUAAUCUUGUUUCUGUUAUAUCUGUUAAAGAUUUACUGUUAUUUUGUGUAUCAUUGUAAAUCUUUUACUAAAGUGUUCUUUCAGUGACAGACACCAUUUCAAUUAUGGAAUUUCAAAUCAGUGUCGAUUACAAUCUUUUUAAAACUGUGCCAUCAUUUUUGGAUGUAAUGAUGGUGUGUUUUCAGUGAGUUUGUUGAUUAAAUGUUCAAGA